AUGGGCUUUUCGGAGGACCUGUGGUGCCCUCAGGGUCACGCCGCUUUAAUAAAACUACAAGAAUCUGAGCUGCGUUUGAUGGAGGUUAUGAAGAAAUGGAUGACGCAAAGGGCUAAGAGCGAUCGCGAGUUCUCCGUGCAGCUGCAUCAGAUGUCAGCCAUUGUUGAGAAGCUGGAUGGAUCUCAGCCCGGAGGAGGUCUCGACUACAUCAGCCAGUUCAAUAAGUCGUGGAACGUGCUGGUCAGUCAGACGGAGAGCCUCAGUCGUAUCAUGCGCAAGCACUCGGAGGACCUGAUGGUGGGACCCCUCAGCAAACUCACCCUCCUCACCCGGGACAAGCAGCAGCUGAGGAAGACUUACGGGGAACAGUGGAACCUUCUCAACCAGGAGCUGUUCAGGGUCACCCAAACUGAGCUGGACCGGCUCAAGUCCAUUUACAGACAGCUAGUACGGGACGCGACACAGGCCAAAAGAAAAUACCAGGAAGCAAGCAAAGACAAAGAGCGUGAGAGAGCAAAGGAGCGCUACAUCAAAGCCACUCUGAAACUACACGAGCACCACAAUGAAUAUGUGUUAUCGGUGAAGGCCGCGCAGGUGCAUCACCAACUCCACUACGGCCAAAGCCAGCCGGCCCUGCUGGGGGCACUGCAGACACUGCAGGAGGAAAUGGUGCUUAUUCUGAAGGAGAUUCUGCAGGAGUAUUUCGAUCUGUCUAGUGUGCUUCAGGAUGAGGUGGUUAGUGUUCACACUGAAAUGGCCAAUGCCCUCAAAGCCAUCCAGCCAAAGACAGAGUAUGAGAACUUCAUCCAGCAGAACAGGUCGAGAGGAGAGGUUCCUGCAUGUGUGGAGUUUGAUUGCAGUUUGUUGGAGGACGCUGAAGAUCUGAAACCUGAAGAUCUGCAGCUCAAUGAGCUCACAGUAGAGGGGAUCCAGCAUCGGCUCACUGCUGUGGAGGAGGAGCUCCUGGGUCUCGCUAGUACUCUUAGUUCUCAGCAGGCCAUCGUCAACCAGCUUGAGCUGGAUCUGCAGAAGGAGGAGGGCUCUGCAAACACAGGCCAGAGGGUGUAUCAGUUCAGUAAGCGUAAUGCUCUGGAGGACAGCAGACAGCAGGUCGUUCUGUCCAUGGUGGCUCGAGCUCGUCUGGAUGUCCAGCGGAGGCUUCUGGCCGAUAAACUGGAGACUCUGGGGAGUAAGGAGGCUCCACCUAUAGGCCUGGAUGAUGAUCGGAUAUCUAUCACAUCCAGCAACUCAGAGCGUGAUAAAGACCAUAAGCUCCUCAAUGUGGAUGUAAUCGUGGGCCAUCUCAGCAGCUUGUUCAAGCCCAAGUAUACGGUUCCCCCCGCCUUGGCACCUGUGCCCGAGCUGGAGAAGCCCUUGACCCAGCAGAGCUGGUAUCACGGUGCCAUCCCUCGUCUGGAGGUGCAGGAACUGCUAAAGAAUGAUGGAGACUUCCUGGUUCGAGAAAGCCAGGGGAAACAGGAAUAUGUGCUGUCUGUGCACUGGGGCGGCCAGUGCCGGCACUUCCUCAUUCAGAGUGCAGACGGUGUGUAUCGUCUUGACGGUGAAGGCUUCCCCUCCGUACCGCUGCUAAUAAAGCACCUCCUCAGCUCCCAUCAAUCUGUCACAAAGAAGACCGAGAUUGUGCUGAAGAGACCUGUCGUUAAGGAUAAGUGGGUGUUGGAACAUGAUGAUGUCAUUCUUGGACAGAGCAUUGGUCGGGGUAACUUUGGCGAGGUGUUCAGUGGGCGCAUGCGUUCAGACAACACUCCGGUCGCUGUGAAAGCCUGCAGAGAGAAUCUACCCGCAGAGCACAAGAACAAGUUUCUAAUGGAGGCCAGGAUCCUAAAGCAGUAUGACCAUCCAAACAUAGUGAAGCUAAUCGGCGUCUGCACACAAAAACAGCCAAUAUAUAUCAUCAUGGAGCUGGUGCAAGGAGGGGACUUUCUUUCCUUUCUGCGCACAGAAGGCACCAACCUGAGGACCAAGAUGUUGAUCAAGAUGGCCGAGAAUGUGGCGUCUGGCAUGGCGUACCUGGAAAGCAAGAAGUGCAUUCAUCGAGAUCUGGCUGCCCGUAACUGUCUCGUCGGAGAGAGGAGCGUGGUGAAGAUCAGUGAUUUCGGUAUGUCUCGUCAGGAGCAGGAUGGGGUUUAUUCUGCUACAGGAGGAAUGAAGCAGAUCCCAGUCAAAUGGACCGCACCAGAAGCCCUCAAUUAUGGGCGAUACACCACUGAGAGUGAUGUGUGGAGUUUCGGAGUGCUGCUGUGGGAGACCUUCUCCAGAGGAGUCACACCAUAUACCAUCCCGCAAAACCUGAAUAACCAACAGACCAGGGACGAGGUGGAGAAAGGAUAUCGUAUGCCGGCCCCAAAUAACUGUCCGGGUGAAAUCUAUGCCCUCAUGUGUCAGUGCUGGCAGUACGAUCCGAGAAGUCGACCCUCAUUUCGCAAACUAAAGGCUGAUCUGUAUGCUUUAUGUCAGUAAAACGCACACACAAACACACACGUGGUCACACAUGCUAAUAUGUAAGUACAUCAUGUCUUACGAUGAGACCAAAGCAAAGAUUUAUUUUUUUUAUUUGUGUCAUGGUUGUAAAAAGCAAGUCUGCAUAUACAGUAAAAUGUACCAUUAGUGUUUUCUGACAGAAUACAUUGUUAACAAGAGCAGAUUAUAAUAUAUAUAUAUUAUUUUAUGAAUAUAAAUGAAUAAAUUAUAAUUUUUUUGAAGAUGACAUAUGACCUCAUGAACAUAAGUCUGUAUGUUUACCAGUAUGGAAAUACUGUAAAUAAACGUAAUAACAAUUAUUCAUAACAACUUUUAUUGAGCAAGUACACACUUAGAUUAAUCAAGUCACCAUCAUUUACUGUAUGUUACAACAAAAAAAUGAUUAUUUUAUACUGUUCUUUCACAGAAAUAUUAAGCUGAAUGAAUGUUUUUAAAGUUGAUA